GUUUUAAGCGCUGAAAUCGAGCGUACGCCCCAUCAGUAUUCAGAUUUCAGACCCCCCCCUCUCUCUCUCUCUCUCGUGGCAGUGGCACCACUGGGCUUACGAUAGCACAUUCCCUUAGCGACGUCACAAACGGACGUUAAAAUACGACCGACUUUAUUUUCUUCCCAUUCGCGUGCCCUCCUUUUCCGCCACUGUCUUCUCCCUCUAAAACUGAAUUUCCCUUUAAUCUCUCUCACACUCUCACUGCGCCUUCAUUCCACCACCACUUCGAGUUUUUUCUUAUAGGUUUUCAACCUGCUAGAGUUUGGGUUUGAGUUUCUAUUGUAAUUUUCUUUCUUUCUUUCUUCUUUUUUGGUAAAACUUUGGUUGGAGAUGCGCCGAAGAAGAAGCUUAGCUUUGCAUAGUUAGAAACAUAUACAUUAUGAAGAAUCCGAGUCCAAUGCUAUGCACAGUGAUGUUUGCUCCUGGAAAUGAAGGAGAGGCAACGUUGGAGGGCUGAAGAGGAUGCUCUGUUACGUGCAUAUGUCAAGCAGUAUGGUCCACGGGAAUGGAAUCUUGUUUCCGAGCGCAUGAACACACCCCUUAAUAGGGAUGCAAAAUCUUGCUUAGAAAGGUGGAAAAAUUACCUCAAGCCAGGUAUCAAGAAGGGAUCUCUCACUGAGGAGGAGCAGCGUCUUGUCAUUUGUCUUCAGGCCAAGCACGGCAACAAGUGGAAGAAGAUUGCUGCUGAGAUUCCUGGUCGUACUGCCAAGAGGCUGGGCAAGUGGUGGGAAGUGUUCAAGGAGAAACAGCAGAGGGAGCAAAAGGAUAGAGCCAAGGCCUUUGACCCUAUUGAGGAAGGAAAGUACGAUCACAUUCUUGAGACUUUCGCAGAGAAGCUGGUAAAAGAACGUACUUCUGCAUCAUUUCUCAUGGCCACCUCCAAUGGAGGUUUCCUUCACUCUGAUCAGUCUGCACCUCCACCAACCUUGCUUCCUCCAUGGCUUUCCAGUUCCAAUGCAACAUCUACAGUGAGGCCACCUUCCCCUUCUGUUACCCUAACUCUGUCACCCUCAACUGUUACACCUGCUCCUGCCAUCCCAUGGCUGCAACCUGAAAGAGGAGGGGAUAGCACUCCCCUUGUCUUGGGAAAUUUGCAGCAACAUGGAGCAGUUCCUACAGGUGGUGACAAUCUGCUGAUCUCUGAGCUUGCAGAAUGCUGUAGGGAGUUGGAGGAGGGGCACCGUGCUUGGGCAGCACAUAAGAAGGAAGCGUCCUGGAGGCUUAAAAGGGUGGAGCUGCAGAUGGAGUCUGAAAAAGCAUGUCGGAGGAGGGAAAAAAUGGAAGAGAUAGAAUCCAAAGUUAGGGCUCUUAGGGAAGAAGAGAAAGCAACUCUGGAGAAAAUAGAAGUAGAAUACAGAGAACAGUUGGCAAGCCUGAGGAGGGAUGCUGAAGCGAAGGAGCAGAAGUUGGUUGAACAAUGGGCUGCAAAACACAUGAGGCUCACCAAAUUUCUUGAGCAGAUCACCUGUUGGCCCAGGGCUACUGAACCUAAUGGCCGUUGAGUAGGACUAUGGCUAUCGUCUAUGACUGGAGAGACAAUGACGGGUCUGUCUGUUACUUGCAUCCCUUGGGCUUUUAUUUCAUUUCUAUACUUAUUUUCCCAACUUGCUCUUUAUGUUGGAUCACUGGUUUAUCUUGUGUGCAUUCUUGCCUCAGCUGUUAUGGGUUUGUUGCUUCAAGGGGGGAGCGCUUGGAAUUUGCAUUAUAACGCAUUUGCCUAUGUAAUUAUGUUAUGAUGUCUCUGUGACCCGUUACUGAUCUCAUGAGAUGAUUGUGCAGCAGUGGCUUGUCCCGUUUUAUUAAAUGUUUCAGUCUGAUCAUGAACA